CGCUCAGCGUUUGUUUUCAUUUCGAUUUCCAAUUCUUCCAGAUGUGCUAUUUGAGAAAUAAUUGAGAGGAAUCGUCAACAACUUGAGACAGCAAACAGCGUUCAUUCACUUGGGAAUGAGUGUGUGAGAGUGUCAAGUCAACAGUCAUGGCAUCAGGAGGAGAAACCUGUGCUCCUGCUGAGGAUGAGAAGGGUGUCCUGCUGGACAUUGAUGAUGUACACUUGCUCUUACAAGUGGAACAGGAGCAGAUUCAGAAGAGGACGUUCACAAACUGGAUCAAUGCACAGCUCUCCAAGAGGAGCCCUCCAACCGCUGUCCAGGAUCUGUUCUCGGAUCUUCGAGAUGGGACUCGACUACUUGACCUACUGGAGGUGAUGAGCGGUCAACGCAUGAAGCGCGAGCGGGGUCAUGGCUUGUUUCAGCAGAGAGGCAACGUUGAGACCGCUUUGAACUUCUUGAAGAAUAAAUCUAUCAAGCUGGUGAACAUAAACAUCCCAGACAUCAUCGAGGGGAAACCUUCCAUCAUUCUGGGUCUGAUAUGGACCAUCAUCCUGCAUUGUCAUAUAGAGGAGCUAGCCAGCACUCUCUCGUAUGGAUCCCGUUCAUCCUCCCUGGACUCCCUGUCCAGUCUAGAUUCUGUUUCUGGGUCUCCAGGCAGUAGUCCUGUUCCUCGAGGAGCAUCACCGCUCCACAACCGCUUCCGUCUGUCUGCUAAGAAGGCUUUGCUCCUGUGGGUUCGGGACCAGUGCCAGAAAGUUGGUUGCUCAGCCAGUGUGAGGGACUUUAAGUCCAGCUGGAAGAGUGGUGAAGUGUUCCUGGCCAUCCUCUGCUCCCUUAGACCUGACCUGGUGGAUCUCUCCCAAGCCCAGACCAGCAGCCACCUGGAAAACCUGGAGAAAGCAUUUCACCUUGCUGAGAAGGAGCUUGGAAUUCCCAGACUGCUUGAGCCAGAAGACAUUGAUGUCAGUAACCCUGAUGAGAAGUCCAUCAUGACAUACAUUGCUCAGUUCCUGCAAUACUCCAAUGAUCUGCCCUUAGCUGAUGAUGGUUUUGAGCUCCAAACUCUGCUCUUUCCCACAUGCCUCUCUCCUGUCAUCCUCCCUACAUACUUCACUCCUGCUGUACUGGCCUCCCCACUGCACCAGGCUUCACCCAAUCAAAAAGCCAGAGAGAUGAAAUGCUGGCUACAGCGAGCCUAUCAGGAAUUACUGGAGGCAUGGGCCUCCACAGGGGGGGAAGGAUAUGCUAAAAGGCAUCAGGCAUUUCAGAACUUUGUGGGAACUUAUUAUGAUCAGCGACGUCCAGUUAUUCCAGUGCUUAGUGCAAUGAGACGCUGCACUAAACCCAGUGAGGAGCAAAUGGCUCUGAGGAAGGCCUGGGACACAAUGGAGGAGAAGUUACAAGAGUACAGAACAGAGCUCGAUGUUGGUUUGCCAGCCCCUCUGAACACAUUGGGUCGGUGGCUCCAGCAUAUGGAGACUGUGCUCUCUGAAGACAGUGGGAGAACAGAAGAUCAUGUUCUUGCUGCCAGAGAUGCCAGACACAAGCAAGAACAGCUGAAGGUCUUGGUUGAGGAAUUAAGCCAGCACUUGAACACCCUUCAUCACUACCGUAACACAGAUGAUAAUGGCUGUCCUCAAGUUCCAAUCGAGAAGCUAGAGGAAAUCAAGAGACGUUUCACCAGUGCCAGAGUGACAGCCAAAUACCACGGCAUCAAGCUACAAUAUAGAGAGCAGAUGCACUAUGUUCUUGACCUACUGGGACAGUUGAAGUCUAAGCUGAGCUUGUGGAGAGGACCUUACGGCUCCCAGGAGUCUGUGCACUCUCUGCUACAGGAUUGGCAUGACACUGUUGACAAGCGAGGCCUGGUGUGGAUGUUGAAGGAAGCACUUCAUAAGUUGAAGGACACAGCAGUCAGUUAUACAAGCAAAGCAGCUUUGGCAGAUGAUACACCUGUGGUAAACAGGCAAGUAAAAGAGGCUGAUAGUGAGACAGGUGUCUGUGCAGAAGCUGCAGAAGUUGUCAGAUCCACCAUGGAGCGUGUGCUGGCUGCGUGGGAGUCCUACAAAGACUGCCUGUAUCUAUUACAGGUCUGGUUGGGGCAGGAGGGCCAAUCACAGGCUCAGGGGAAAGAGCAGAAGCAUUUUUCCGCCAGCCUGAAUGAGUGGAGUUCACAUCAAGCACAGCUGAACGAGGCGGGAAACUUUCUCAUUGAGAUGAGUGACGCCUCCACCAGCCACUCUCUGACUGAAGAGCUCCGCAGACUCAACAUGCAGUGGGCUGACUUCAUAAAAAGGACCAAGUUUACUGUGGCCCCUCAGCCCAUCUGUGCAGUCCUAGGUGUUCAAGCUGCUCAGGGCCUAAUGCAGGAAGCUGGCUGGAUGCUUAGAGAGACUGUGGCUGUGUCAUCUGCUCCUCUACGUAUUUACAGGAAAAAACUACAGGGCAUAACUAAGAAGAUUUCCCAGUUUGAUUUGCACUCUUUAUCUCCAUCUCCAGACUGCAAAGAGGAAACUAUUCAGAAACUCAGACAAACUCUCCCAGAGAUAUUUGAAACUUUGAACCGGGUGGAUCAGGUGUGCGAGGGACUCCAGAGAGCGGCCUCUCUGCUCGAAGGCAGGCUGGCUGAGCUUGAAAACUGGAGCUCAGAGGCCCAAGAGGUCUGGCAGCUCCUAAAAGAAAGGCAGCAUAGGGGCCACUGGAGGCCACAUCUCAGGACUAAAGCACUGAUCUCCAGAGGUCUACAAUUGGAAGGACAGGUAGUGACAGAAGGUGAGGAUCUGCAGGUGCUUGUGACAUCGGUGCAAAAUAAAUCCUCCUUGCCUUACCUUAGCACAUCAGCCCUACAAGACCGACUGAAAAGGACUGUCUCUCACUGUCAGGAGGUUACUGAGAUGCUCAGUUCUCAUGGAGUGAAGCGUGAAGAACAGCCUGAAGAUCAACAGCUGGCUACCAAGGUUUUUGUCCAUGCACAUUCUCAGCUUGAAUCCCAAUCUGAAACCUUUCUAGACAAUUCGGAUCAGGCAUUCUCAAAAAGCAGCAAAAUUUCUCUAGAGAGCCCAGUAGAACCUCAAAACCAAGAACAUCAUUCCUCUCAGCUGCUGUCAGAAUUGGAAGCCACCAGUGGCUUACAUCCCCAGGUUCUUCCUCAGCUUCACGAUAAAUCUCCCAGUGACCAUUGGAAAGAUAUAUACCAAGUACAGCAAGCAGAGUUAAAUCAGCCUUUGCUUUCAUCUGUUGUUGUCAGGAAGGUUCAAAUAAAACCCCAGGCUGAAGUUCAUCUUAUCUCUGUAGACUCGAGCCAAACCAGUAGCUUUGGACCAUCAAACCUUCAAGUUGUCUCAGUAAAGUCAAGCCAAACCAGUGGCUUUGGACCCUCAGGCCCUUUCCAGGUUAUCUCUGUAGAAUCAAGCCAAACCAGUGGCUUUGGACCGUCAGGCCCUUUCCAGGUUAUCUCUACAGACUCAAGCCAAACCAGUGGCUUUGGACCCUCAGGCCCUCUCCAGGUUAUCUCUGCAGACUCAAGCCAAACCAGUGGCUUUGGACCCUCAGGCCCUCUCCAGGUUAUCUCUGCAGACUCAAGCCAAACCAGUGGCUUUGGACCCUCAGGCCCUCUCCAGGUUAUCUCUGCAGACUCAAGCCAAACCAGUGGCUUUGGACCCUCAGGCCCUCUCCAGGUUAUCUCUGUAGAAUCAAGCCAAACCAGUGGCUUUGGACCGUCAGGCCCUUUCCAGGUUAUCUCUACAGACUCAAGCCAAACCAGUGGCUUUGGACCCUCAGGCCCUCUCCAGGUUAUCUCUGCAGACUCAAGCCAAACCAGUGGCUUUGGACCAUCAGGCCCUCUCCAGGUUAUCUCUGUAGAAUCAAGCCAAACCAGUGGCUUUGGACCGUCAGGCGCUUUCCAGGUUAUCUCUACAGACUCAAGCCAAACCAGUGGCUUUGGACCCUCAGGCCCUCUCCAGGUUAUCUCUGCAGACUCAAGCCAAACCAGUGGCUUUGGACCAUCAGGCCCUCUCCAGGUUAUCUCUGUAGAAUCAAGCCAAACCAGUGGCUUUGGAACCUCAGGCCCUCUCCAGGUUAUCUCUGCAGACUCAAGCCAAACCAGUGGCUUUGGACCAUCAGGCCCUCUCCAGGUUAUCUCUGUAGAAUCAAGCCAAACCAGUGGCUUUGGACCGUCAGGCCCUUUCCAGGUUAUCUCUACAGACUCAAGCCAAACCAGUGGCUUUGGACCCUCAGGCCCUCUCCAGGUUAUCUCUGCAGACUCAAGCCAAACCAGUGGCUUUGGACCAUCAGGCCCUCUCCAGGUUAUCUCUGUAGAAUCAAGCCAAACCAGUGGCUUUGGACCGUCAGGCCCUUUCCAGGUUAUCUCUACAGACUCAAGCCAAACCAGUGGCUUUGGACCCUCAGGCCCUCUCCAGGUUAUCUCUGCAGACUCAAGCCAAACCAGUGGCUUUGGACCCUCAGGCCCUCUCCAGGUUAUCUCUGUAGAAUCAAGCCAAACCAGUGGCUUUGGACCCUCAGGCCCUCUCCAGGUUAUCUCUGCAGACUCAAGCCAAACCAGUGGCUUUGGACCAUCAGGCCCUCUCCAGGUUAUCUCUGUAGAAUCAAGCCAAACCAGUAGCUAUGGACCGUCAGGCCCUUUUCAGGUUAUCUCUACAUACUCAAGCCAAACCAGUGGCUUUGGACCCUCAGGCCCUCUCCAGGUUAUCUCUGUAGAAUCAGGCCAAACCAGUGGCUUUGGACCGUCAAGCCCUUUCCAGGUUAUCUCUGUGGAAUCAAGCCAAACCAGUGGCUUUGGACCAUCAGGGACUCUCCAGGUUAUCUCCACAGACUCAAGCCAAACCAGUGGCUUUGGAUUAACAGACCUUCAAGUUAUCUCUACGGACUUGGGACAAACCAGUGGCAUUGAACCAUCAGAAAUUCUCCGGUCUCCAUCUUUAGCUAAUUUUAGCCAAAGCAUUUUGCCUAAAUCAUCUGCUAUUCAAACCUCUUUGGCAUCCCCACACAAAAGAGAAAGGGUUCUAGCCAGAAGCCUCAGCUUUCCCCAGCCCAAUGAGCCAUCACAAACCCAGUCUCCAUCCUCACCUUUACCCUGUCCAAGCACUUGUUUGGAUACACCGGUUACAGUGACUCAACUACGAACACCAAUCAAACAGCACCUUUGUUCACCAACAAAAUGGCAACGUCAGACCUCAGUGACAACCCAAGACCAGAGACAAAUGGUUCUAGCCAAAAGUCACAGCUUUCCACAGCCAUCAGAGGCUCCAGGUGUUCCUCAUGUCCCAGUACGAAAUGAGGUGUACGCCAGAGCUCAGGCUUUAGCCAGGAGCAGACUGGAUAAAGCCAAACAGCACCUGCAUGAACACAUACAGGAUGUCAUCACUGUAAUCAGUACCAGAGACAAAUCUAAAAAACAAUCCAAGAAAAAACAGGCAAUAUCACGUCUUCUGAGGCCUGCAGUGUUGGAGAUGUUUCUAGAAGCUGUGAAAGGAAUGGGGGAUUUCUGCUCUGCUGCCCAGCUCAAAGACAUGGACCUCUUGUCUCAGUCAGCCAGGGCCCAAUGGGAGGAAUGUGCCAGAGCAUCUGAGCGUUCAGUGCAUCUGGAAGCCUUGAGAAGAAUUAAAGAGAGUCUGCAGCCUGCAGAGAGUGUUCUUCGCAGCACCGCCCACCUGAGGACAGACACAAAGAGAGUGGAGAGCAUUCAGCACCACACACACUCCACAUGCCAAGACAGCAGGGGGGGAGCAGUCAAGGAUUGUGUCCCGCUGAGAGAGACUUUACUGCUAGAUGACCUAAGCCUCGUCCACUCACAGGCUGUUGUCCAGACCAACAUUGUGGAGAUUAAACAGAUACCAGAGAGAACCAUCAUCCACCCCUGUUCACCACAGGAAGAGAGGGUUACUGAAUCUAAGAGCAGUUACUGUGCUGCACAGUCAGUACUCCAACAGCAGUUGCUUGACAACAGUCAGCAGCUGGAAUCAGAGUUUCCCAUCAGCCCCGGCAGCAGCACCAGUAUCUUUGCUGACUCACUGAGAAGUCAACUCAAGCACCUUCUGGCUCUGAAGGACCAGACGGAGGCUCUGUGGUGUGAGUUUGAGCUUCAGUAUUCCCAGAGCUCUCAGCACAUGGAGGAUGGCUGUAACAUGGAGCAGGAGAGAGCGCAGCUCAUUCAACAGUGGAGGGGACAACAGAUGUGCAUUCAGGCCAGGGUGAAGUCCCUUGAAACUGCAGUAAAGCUGCUGGAGUCAACUGACAUACAGAUCAGACUGAUUUCUGAUCAGCUCAAACUGAUCAGUCAGAAACCUCUGAAUAUUAGAAACUUUGCAGUUGCUGAUGCCAGAAAUCUACAUGAAGACCUAAAGCGUCUAGAUGAAAGUAUUGAGAAAGAACUGUUUCUGCUUAAGAGUGAUGGUUCAGUUAGUGACGCUGCUGAUCUGAGUCACAUUGAGCCCCAAGCCCGCCUACCCCUGCAGCAAACUCUCCACGACCGCACGAAAUGCCUGGAGAAGCAAAGACAAUGUCUGAGAAAGAGUGAAUCGGCACUUGUGGCCCUCGAGAACCUCCUUUUCCAACUCCACCAGGUGAAUGACGACCUUACUACAGCUCACAGCACUUCAGACCGCAGCUACAGCUUAGUCUCCAUCCAGCAAAGCCUUCAACAGGCCAGGGAGGAAUCGGUUCAGCUAGACCGACUGCUAGAUGAUGCCGGUAUGGGAGUAACUUUGAAUGAUAAACCAGGCAGCUGUCAUGAGAUGGUGUCAUCUUUGGCUCUGCAUGCAGAAGAAGUUGAGACUAAAAUGGCUGUAGGGCCGAGGCGACCUGACAGAGUUGGGAAAGGAAGAAAAAAGGGAGAGCAGAGAGUGUUUGGCAGGAAGAGGAUGGGCCUGCAGGUCACCCUGAGGGAGGUACUGGCGGCACUGGAAAGACACGGGCUGAAGGAUCCCACACUUCCUGCACUACAGCACAGGUUUCGCUUCCUGACAGACAUGGAGAGUAAACUGGUUGCACUACGCUCAGAGAUUCAGGAUCUGAGAGAUACAUGUGCACAGACAAGCACCUCAGACACAGGCCUCAGCGAGCUGCAGGCGGAGUGGGAAAACGCACACAGAGCAGUGACAGAAAGUCUUGAGCAAUGUGUCUCUCUGUCUGAACUACUUAAGAAGUUCCAGAGCUGCCGAAAUCGAUUGGGCAGCACUUUACAGAGAGCAGAGCAGACUAUCUGUGAUCAGGCCUACUACAUGGGCAAAGACAAGCUACAGCUCCUGAUCAGCAAGGUGACCAGUAUAAAGUCAGAUCUCAGUGGUCUCGGGGACGGGGUGGAGGAGUUCAGGGCUGUGUGCAGACAGCUUCAGUCUCUGAUGAGAAAGAUCCCUGAUUGUGUAGAUGCCCCAUUUGAGAGUGAGGCUGACACCCUCAUGGACCGCUGGCUUGAUGUCACUGAGAAAACAGACUGUCAUCUGGACAACCUUCAAGCUGGGUUUUCUCUUUGGGAAAAACUCCUUCUAUUGGCUGGAGAGGUAGAGGGCUGGAGCACCCAAAAUCUGAUGACACUUGCUCAGACACACCCCUUUCAUACAGAACUUGACGUGUCUGCAAUGCAGGAUGAGUUGAAGGUUCAAGAGGAGAACAUUGAACAUUUCCAUCGCAGAUCUUCAGAGAUCCAGGAGCUGCUGCAGAGUCAUGAGUUCCCACUGGAGCUGCAGGUGAUUGAGAGCCAGCUGAGGAAGAAGAUGGCAGAGGUGAUGGAGCUCUUUUCUGAGACCAGUGAUGUUUUCAGACAGCUGGUUGUUGCCAAAGGCCAGGUGGCGUCUGAUAUCACAGAUCGCCUGUCCUCCAUCCAAACUAUUACAAAUGCUCUGAGCACACUGACCACACCUGAAAGCCCACAUGCCCUCAACAUCAUCCAGAGCUUAUUGGAGCAGCUGCAAACGGAGACCGAGCAAGCAGAUGCGUUACUACAGCAGAUAGAUCUUCUGGCCAGCAUUGCAGGUCUAGAAAACCUCCAGGCACUGGCUGAAGAUGGAGCUCACCUUCAAGAAAGCAUCUGUACGGCCAGAGAGCUGGUCAUAGAGAAGAGAGAGCAAGCAAUGAACCCCAACAGGCCUGAAAAUCAGAUGGUCCAAGACCCUAAGCACAUCAAACCUCAGAUUAAAAAAACUGAAUAUACUGCACCUGAGUUACAGUCUGAAUCUAAUGGUAAAACAGAGGAACAGAAACAUGGAGGGAAGGCACAAGAUCAGGCCUGCAGCUGGGCCAGUGAACUGUAUCUCAAGGGGGAAUUUCAGAUUUCUGAGGAUGAAAACAGACAGGUCACACUUGAGGAGAGACUCACAGCUGUACAGGCUGUAGAGCAAGUGGAAAGAAGCCUUCUGGAGGUUAAGAUACUGUCGGAAGUCCUGCAGACAGGCUGUACUCCAGAGGGUCAGGCUGCUGUCUCCCAGGACCUUCAGACUCUGUUAGGAAAGGCAUCAGCCCUGAGGACUUGGGAAGGGGACUCUGAUCCAGUUCAGAGCUCUAUACAAUGCAAUGAGCCUCAGCAGCCUGGAGUAUCCACAGAGGAACUCCAUUCAGUUCAGGUUGCCACUGGCAAUGUAGUGGAUGAAUUGUAUCUAAUGAAUGUAAAGAUGCCCACAAAGGAAGUCAGUGGAACAGAGGAUACAUCAUGUUUAUCUUUCUCAACACAACAAGCAACUGCAGAUGUUGAGAACCUCCCACCAGGCCAUGACACAGAUGAUCAGCAGUCCAUGUCUAGAUCUGAAGAGAGGGGUGAAACUGGAUCUGUAAUAAGAGAAGAUGACAGUAAAUCCUCCCAUGGCUCAUCUUGUGGAAGCCAAAAGCUAGUCUUUACCAUAGUGCUGGACUCUGAUCUUACCAAACCCAACCAGAGCCCAGAGGCACAAGCUAUCCCAGCUUCUACAACUAAAUGGGAUACUGUUUCAGUUGUUCAUGAUAGGAACUUAGAGAGAUCAGAUGAUGGUUUGAAACUCUUGGAAGCCAAACCAAAUGUUGAUGUAGAUGAAAAACAUGCUGUAAUAUGCUCUUCUGAUGAGCCUUUUCGUUUUCAUUCCACAUCAGAAGUGCAGUUUAAUGAAAACCAUUACACUGAUAAUGUUGAACCCACCCAUUCUACUCCAGACCUUGAUUCCAGGCCUAAACCUGAGAAGAACUCAUCUACUCAAGCAUUUUUCCCAAUGGUUUCAUACCCAGAGAACCAUCAUGCAAGCUCUGGAAAUGCAAAGAAAGUAUUUACCAUCAUCCUCGAUGUUGAUUCUCCUACAUUAUCAUCAGACAGGUGUCAGUUACUGUCUGGUGAUAAUGUAUCGGGCCCUGAAGACUCGUCCAUGGAUAAAUUCUCCCAGACAGAGGUAAAAAAUCAACAGAGGAAACCUGAAGGCCAAGAUGCUAAAGGAGGCCUUUCAGAGAAGGACAAUGUGAAAUCAAGUAGUUCUGAGCUAAAGCCAGGACAGAAGGAAGUAAUCCAGCCCAAAACCCAUGAGAUCAUGGAGAUUUACAUUCAAAAAGGUGAGAAAGAGAAGCAACAUGAAAUCAUAGAAGCAGAAACAUCAAGCCAAAUGGAUUUCCACACUGGAGAAGGCAAUGAUUUGGGCUCUGUAGUUCAUCAGCAGGAUGUCACAAUGUUGGAGAGUCAUGAUGAGGAUAAGAAAAACAAAUUUGUAGAGCCCUCAAAUGAAGCAAACAUACUUAAAAAGCCUCCGAAUGUUGCUAAAGGUAGGAAGAAGAACAGGAAAUCAGCUGGUGUGAAACAAGCAAGCAAUAUCAGUAGUAAAAUGCUGAAGACAUCUAGAUCUGAACAGAAGAAUAAAACUGACUCAGAAAACCUUCAAACUUCUGAGGUCAGGCUGCUGGACAUCACAGAUACUUCACUGACUGUGUCUUCAGACUGUAGUCACCCAAAUACUGCAAAGCCAUUUAGUACAGAAGACAAACUAACAAAAGUUGUGGACGCUGUGCAGCCAGAGACCUUGAAUCUUCGAAAAACUGAGACUAAGGAUGAACAAUUUGAGACCGUUAGCAUCUCACUUGACGGAGAAGCCACAGGUAGUGUGGUCUUAGCCGCAAUGGAGACUGUAGAGUCAGCACAUACAGAAGACUCAGAAACAAUGCUAACAGAUGCUUCACCCGUUAUGAGAGCUGAAUGUAUUACACAAAUCCUUACUGCAGUGCCAUCAAAGUCACAGCUUCACCAUGCUGAAGCUGAGAGGACAGAUGAUUCAGAUGGCAGUUUCCCUUUGCAGUAUGAAGAAAUGCACAGAGCCAAUUCAGAUCCAUCUAGCAGGAACAAAUCAUCCGAAAACAGAGGAUCAGGAGCAGCCAGCAAGGAUAAAACGAGCCAUGCGGAGCAGCCUACAGGGACACAUGUGUGGGCCACUUUACUGAACACCAUCACUAAUAUUCAGCCACCUCUGGUGACCAGUCACAGUUCUGAGGAAACUAGACCAUGGAAGGAUUCCUGGUUUCGGAACUCAUUACUCUCAGAGUCUGAGAACAGUUUGGCAUGGACUGUCCUGCAGGUUUUCAGAUGCCGGUACCGACCGGCCCAACUCAGCAUUGCACAUAUGACUCUUCAGCUAGAAGAAGCCGAGAUCUGCCGGCAAUGUGUCAUGGAUCAGGUGGCCAGACUGCCUCGGAAUGAAUCUGGUGCAGGAUGCUUUACAGAGCCUGAGCAGAGCAUAGAGAGGAGUUGGAACAGAGUACUGCUGGAUACCUCAACAAUGGCAGAAUUUAAAAAGGCACAGCUACAGCAGGUCACACAGUAUCACAAACAAAAACGUGUUCUCACGGAUACUCUACACAACCUGGAGGUUGAACUCAGCACACUGACACUAGAUUGCAUUGAAAGCAGCACCCUGCAAGCAGAGAAGCUGAGUGCAUUCCUUAAGAGCAUGCAGAAGAAGAGAGGCAUACUUGAAGAGCUUCUACAGACAUGCUCUCAAAUCUCAGCCCAUCUGGAUGAGGCAGAGGGACCUGUGGCCUGCAUUGAACCUUUUAGGACUUUACAGGAGAGAUGGCGGACUGUGGAGUGGGCUGCUUCCAAGAGUCUGUGGCACGCUAAUGUCUGCACAGCGGAAGUUUCUGGACUCCUGCAAGAGGCCAGAGAGCUGCAACGUGAACUGGAUCUUCUGGAGAAGUCAGUUUGUCUUUCGCACAGAUCUCCCAGACCGAUAGACUGGCAAAGUGCACUACAUGAGACAGUCAGAACUGCAGACCUGGCAGUGUUGACUGAGCGCUAUUCCUACAUUGUUGAGGUCUCUCAGGCUCUUUCCUCAAGUCCGCUGGGAAAGAAAGAGCUUAGAGAUAUGGAGGAUGCGGUGCAGGGUCUGAAUUCUCAACUUGCUCUGACUCAGGAGAAGCUCAGCUCUCAGACUUCAAAUGGCAAUGAUUUUUCACCGACCAUUAGGAUCAUCAGUGACUAUUUUACAUGGGCUAAACGAACGGAAAGCAAAAUCAGUAGGAGAAGGAGGAUGUCCCUGUACCCUGAAGAGGCAAGUCACGAGGUCAACCACAUGAAGAAACUGCAGUCUGAAACAUCUCUUAAGAGGUUUCAGUUGGCCUCUGUUUUGAAAGAGCUUAGAGAGGAAGUUAUAGGUCUUGACGAGAAGGAUUCCAAAGCCAUGUUGCCCACCCUCGAUUCCUUAGAGGAUUUGUAUGUUAAGAUUUCUGAGAAGACUGAAUGUGCAGUUGUGGAAAUGAACAGAAUGUUACAUAUUAGAGAAAGACUGUGGAAACAGAUCACUGACAGCAGCUCUUGGUUGACCUCAGUAUUGGAAAAAGAGUCUGGUAAACCGUUGGCCUCUGAACCUAAAAUUACAAUCCCAGAAUUGAGGGUUCAGCUUCAGGUGUCCACUGAGGCUUUGAAGAAUGCUGAGAGACAAGCAAAAAACUUGGAGUCUUUGUUAGAUGAAACCAAGACUAUGAAUAACGUUUUGAGUGUACCCGAAAGCUUUCAGCUUAUCAACAGGCUUACAGCCUUACAAGAAGAAGUCUCUAGAGUUGUGAACCGUAAGUGGGCCUCGUGCUGGGUGUUUGAAGAGCUCCUUCAUUCUCAGGAAUCAUCUGCUGAAGAACAUAACGUCAUUCAGAAGAGCUUGAGACAGUUGAGUGCUGAUGUCAUGAGGCAGAGGUAUCCCGUAACAAGAGACUCGCUCUCGGCUCUUGAAUCCGCUAAGCACAUGCUGAUGGAGCUCCUGUGCAAGGUGCAGGAAAUUCCACACUGCCCAGAAACUCGGAGGAAAGAGAUGGUCCAUGCUGUACUAGAUCUACAGAGGAGAAUACAUCUGCUGGAGCAGCAAGCCAAAGAGCAUGAGGAGUACUUCACUUCAAGGCAGCACAUGGAGAACUCCAGAGAGGCAGUAAAGAAGAGCUUGUCGCAUAUUGUAGACUCACGUGUAGGAACUGACGUUAGGCUCUGUGUCUGUCAGGCUGUCCUAGUGGAGCUGCCUCUGGUGAGAAUAAUAUGUCAAGAGGCCGCUGACCACCUGGAGGCCAUUUCAAAAGAUCUUUAUCCAUCCCAGCUGACAGCAGAAAGGCAAAAGAUUUGUUUGGUCAUUGAGCAGCUAGCUUCUUGGGAGCUCACAGUCAAAAACGAGGCUAAAACCCUCCAGUGCUCUCUGGUGGAGCGACUUGGCAGUCCCACAGACCUCAGUCCACUCUCUGAGCUCUUCAACAGUGUUAGGCAGCAGCUGAAGAAGACCAUCUGCAUGGAGCCAGAUAAUAAGACUAUUGAUGCAGAGCUGAGAAAGCACUGGACACUUGUCCAGACCGUUGAGUCAGUGAUUCAAAUGUUGGAGGGCUGCAGGAAAGGAGAAGAGGCUGAAAGCUACCAGAUGACAGUUGAUCUUGGCCAGAGAACUCUUAAUGAUUGCACUGUGCACAUGGACAAGCUUCUCCAAGCUCGGGAGGCACUGAAGCAUUACAGCUGGGCUGUUCAGGGUGCAGAGAGUUUUUUUCACCAAAUCAGAUCCAAUCUCAUGAUUCCAUCUACUGGCUUCAAAGGCUACAAAGAGGAGCAUCAUUAUAUUCAGCAGAUUUUCAGCACUCUGGUUGAGGGUUUCCAUGCCCGCUUGUCUGAAGUUGGUGCUUGCACACCCCAUCAGACAUGCCUCUCCAUCCCUCUAACUGAGCAGCUUCAUAUCGAGGUUUUUAGUCACCUUCUGGUACAAGAUGCCAAAUUAGAAGCUCAGGCUCAACUCAGACUCGAGGCUUUACAGAGGUGCAUGGGAGACCAAAUUGUGCACAUGAGUCACCAUGAAGAAAUGAGCCAACUUCUCAAAAACAUUGAUUCUCAAAUCUCAAAAUGCUCAAGUCAAAAACCGACUGAUUCUGAAGCCUGCCAAGAACACCAGCAGAAAAUAAAGGUGCUCCAGACAGAGCUGAAGAACAUUGCUAAAAGACUGGAGGAAUUGAGGGAAAGCUGCCCAGGUCAUCGAUGCAAUGCUCCUGUGGAUCUGAUGCUGGGACAUCUGUGGAGGUCUUGGGCAGUGCUGCAGUGCAGAGUGGAAUCACUCAAGGCAAGCACGUCUCAUAAAGAAGCAGAGUGGAGAAACUUUGUGAUACGUCUCAAUAAAUCAAAGGAAGGUCUUGGCAGUCUGCAGAAUAAUCUCCCUGACUCAUCUAUAGUGACGGGAUCCCUGGUGGAUCUUCAGGGUGUUCUGAGCCUCACUGAGCACCUUCAAGAUAGGAUUGAGCAGGAGCAUCAUACACUUGCAUCUCUACAACACCAUGUGGCACGUUUGCUUGGGGUCUCAAAUUUGCAGCAGCUGAAAGUUUCUCCUCAAAUCUGUCAGGACUUGCAGUCUUUACAGGGUCAGUGCAGAAGUCUCAGAGAUCAGAGCAAUAAGAUCCGUCAGGAGGUGCUUUUUGAGAUCCAGGAGUCGGGUCGUGUGCAGGAGGAGAUGAGUGCCAUUCAGCAGAACGUUCUCUCUCUUUUGACGGUUUUACAGUCCGAAUCAGCUGCUGAACAACUACAGGAAGUCAAAGUGGAUUUGGUGUCACAAAAGGCUCGAUUGCAGGACGUCAUAGACAGAGUGCAGAACAGAUGGAGCUGUGUACCAUCAGAGAUUCAAAUCUUACAGAAUGAGCUCAACGUCUCCCUGCUGGAGGCUAAGGACAAAUUGGCCAUGGUCAUGGAGAGAAGUGGUCCUCUUAGUAAAAUGGUUGAGCAGGUUGGAGAGGUGACGGUGGGCCUGAAUUGUGUGCAUGCCCUGCUAAAGCAAACAAGUCCUAAUUGUUCUGAGGCUGAACGUACACAAAAGCGUAUAUGGGAUGAGCUGGACCAGUGGCACACUCGGAUAGCUGAGCUGGAGGCUGAGGUGCAGGAUCUGGCUGAGCAACAGCCUGAGAGAGCACACGUCCUCAUGGACCAGCUCACGGAGCCACUGCAGCUCUACCAGACCACAGCCAAACAGGCCGAGCACAGGACCGCCCUCAUCAGCAAAAUCCCUGCCUGUCUGCAGGACUAUGAGGGUUUACUCAGUAGCUCCAACUGCUGGUUGAAAGAGGCUCAGUCCUGGCUGGUCGUCCCAAGAACCUACACCGCUGCGAAAUGCAUCCACUGCCACGCCAACUCCCUCAAGAUGAUGCUGGAUGAAUCAGAGGGAUACAGGGCAGCUCUGGAGGCCUUCCUGCCUGUCCUGCAGGAGAUCACUCCGGUGUGUGACACCACUCCUCAACAACAGCUCCUCCACCUCUGUAUACAAAAUAUCACACUUAUGCAGCAAAGCGUCCUGGACCCUCUCUCCCACCUUCAGCACCUAGCAGCUGAGAUGGAUGCCAUUGAAACAGAGGUGAAGACAAUGGAGAAUAAUAUAGCCAAGAUCAGAACAAUCCUUUCCACUACUGACACAGAGAACAUUUCUCCUGAGGAAUAUCUUGAGGACAUACAGGUGAUUCUGGAUAAUAUCCAGUCCAUGAAGAGGACCAUUGAUGAGAUUGAGAGCUGCAGGCCAGGCCUAGGGCUUCCUACUGAGGCAGAGCAAACUCUCACAGCCUUCCACCGGGCUCAAGAGCUCCUGCAGCCCAUCCAGGAGCUACAGCAGCUCAGUGUGGAGCGGAGCACAGCAUUAAGGGCCUCUAUUGGACAACCAUCUGAAAUGAUUCUCCCUUCAGACCAAAUCACAGAAUUCACGAUGCCACACUUUUACUCUGGAGAUGGGAUGGUGUCAAUGGAAGGCCCUUUCAAUAAGGAGGAAGAUGAAGACAGUCAGUCUUCAUCCUCAGGAACUCUCACAUGCAGUGUUCCAGAGGACCCAGGUGAGACCGUUUUGGAAGAGAUGGAUGCUGCCUCUGCUGUAACAGAGUGUGCCACUAAGGAAUCAUCUGCUGAAGAAGAAACUGAUUUUGCUGCAAUCAAGCACGUAUUACAGGAGUCUGACACUGGAAGUUGUUUACUAGAGCCUCCUGGAUUCUCUGAAAUGCCUGCCAUAGACAGCAGACCAGUGACUGAAGAGACAAGUUGUCUACCUCCACUAACAUCCCAACACUUCGAAGAAUUUACAAAUGAUAGUUAUCUGCAGCCUGACAGUGCAACUAGAGCUAAGGAAAAACAAAAUGAGUGCCCAGAAACCAAGGUGACUGAAGCAGUACCAGCAAAGCCAGGAACAGACUCAGAAAUCACCAUGUUAAAAGCAAGUGAUGCCAGUGAAUCGAUCAAACAGUCUGAAUCUGUAGAUCUGAACAAAGUAUCUAUAAACACAGAAAUGAGUACAAGCGAUCAAGUGAAAAUGGCAUUUCGUAAGGAAGGUUUGACCCCAAAGCCUCCCGACACAGAGACUGUAAAUGUUACUGAUGAUGACCAGACUCAGACGGAGACAAAACCCAUAGACCCCACAGCUCCUGUAUUGCUCCCUUCCCAGCACAAAGAAUGUGUGCCACAGGAAGAUACAAUGCUGGAAAUACAGAGAGAUCUGAUUGAGGCCAUCGUUCGCCAGAACAGCAGCCAGUCUCAGGAACACUCAUUUCAGCACACAGCAACUCUCAGUGAUCUCUCACAGUCUGAAGGAGGAGGUGAAUAUCAAGAGAGUUUGGUCCAGCUUCUCACCUCUUUGAAGGACACAUCUGAGACACUGGGGUCAUGUCAGGAUAUCAGUUCUUCAGAGACUAGACAGCAUCUGUUAGAGAUUCCUGUGUCUGCAUUGAAUGCCAGUGAAAUACAGAUGAGAGACACGACCAAACUCUUUUCAAGCAUCAAGAGUCUGCAGGGCAGCACGUGGACUUUUGCAAUUGACCGGUGGAGAUCAGCAGGACAGAUUAAUGUUGAGCACCAGAGAUGUUCUGAAGCUCUUCUGAAGGGUCUACGGGGUCUCCUGGAGCUGGGCUCAGAGCGGCUGCUGCGCAGUCAGGAUGCACAGCCACAAAACUACAGCCAGCUGCACAGUCAGCUCAGAGGACACAAGAAAUACUUCCAAGAUUUGGGGCAGAACCUUGUAACUGUAAAGCUGCUAUACCAUAAGCUGCCAGAGGGGGCACUGCCGGGCCAAGCAGAGGUGGAGCAGUUUAUUUCAGAUCUACAGGAUCAAGCACAAAGUCAUGGGAUCCAAAUGCAGCACAGUUUACAGGAGUGGUCUUGGUACGAGGAGGUCACCGAGAGACUGUGCAAUCAGUUGAAUGAGAUGGAGACAGACUUGUCCAGUCUGGAUUUAGAGCUGGAAGGAGACCUGCAGGGUCAAGAGCAGUCCUAUGAGAGGUUGCACAAAGUCCUGGAAGACACAAGACCUCAGAUGUGGGGGAUCCAAGACCGACUCAGGACCCUACAGAAAAAGGGUUGCUGCCAGACCUCCCCCAAAUCACGACUGUUAAUACGCUGGAAAGAUCUUCAUAAUCAACUACAGCAGAAGAUACAUUCCACACAGAAGAUCAGAAAGAAUUAUGAAAGGUUUCAGCGUGACUCAACAGAACUAGAGGAGUGGAUGAGUUGUGCUCAUGAACGGGUUCAGAAGUGGAACAGUUUCUCCGAUUCUGGUCUACUGGACUCCAGAAUUGUCUUGACCCAGAUCAUGGAGUUCUUCAAGGAGAUGGUGUUCCGUUCGGCACAGAAAGCUUCUGCAGAAAGCACAGGCAUGCAGAUUCUGCAGCUGACUGAGAGGAAAGCUCCUGGUCUGCGCAGACAACUGGCUCAACUUGAGCAGGAAUGGACGAACCUGACUAACAUGCUACCCACCCUCCACCAGACACAGCAACAAAUGUUGACAAGCCAGUCUCACAGUCAAGUCUUGGCUGAUUUGACCUCCUGGCUGGAGCAUGUAGAGAGACAACUGGAGGAUGAAAGCUCAGGGGUCCAUUGUGCCCUGGGCUCCUCUGAGCUGUCUAGACAUCUACAGGCUUUGAAGGAUAUUAAGGCUGAAGUAAGCAGUCACCAGUCAUGUGUUGACUUUCUGAACCACCAGUCUGUGGAGGGGGUGGGGUCAGUGAGCGAACCCACCAAUCGCAGUGAGCGCAUCCUCUUUGCCGAGCGACUGAGUGCUCUCAAUCUUAAUUGGCUUGUUCUACAGGCCAAGAUUGACAGUGAGAUACACAGUGUUGAGGACCAGUGGCAGGUCUGCACAGAUAAAGAAAAGCGAUUGCGCUGUUUGCACAGCUGGAUCUCUCAACGUAUGGAAUGGGUGAGAAGCAGCUGGAGACCAGAGAGCUGCUUGCAGAUUGAGCAAACAUUACAGGAGUGUGAGGAGACAGAGGAAAAGCUGCAGGUGAAGUCCUCUGAGUUGAAAGGUUUGGGAGCUCUUCACCUGUUCGGGCUGCAGGAUGGUGAACAUCCUGGAGAUCAAGCAUUCUCCAAGCAGGUGAAUUCAGCCAUCCAGGAUUGCCAAGCUUUGAGUCAACAGAUAAAUGCUCUCAGGCUAGAUUUGCAGCCAAUCAAGGAUAAGUGGGCUCACUUUGAAUCUGAAAUGAGUGCAGCAGAACUACAAACAACCAGGGUGGCCUACAGACUGGAGCUGUGCAGAGUUCCUGUGUUCUCAACUGAGCAGAACCGAAUUCAUGUGGAACAUCUGCAAGAACUUGAAAGGGAGCUGAACCUAUCAGAGACCUGGAACAACUUAACUGAGGUGUUCUUUGACUUAAGAGACAAACUCAAGCCUUGCGCAUCUAAACUGCUGUCCGAUCAUCUCGAGAAGGAGAGAACUCGACAUCUAUCAGUGACUGAGGAUGUGCAUGCAGAUUUACGAAUGGCCCAGAAUGAAUUGCGGCUCUGGCUGGAAUACAACCGUCUCACAGGAGAGUGCUGUGUUCUUCUAAAUCAGCACUGGAAUUGGCUUGAAGAGCUAAUGAGUUCUUCAGACAGAGAAGAAAACACUGUAGAGCUUCUUAACAACAGGAUGCAGAGCAUCAGUACUUUGGAGAAAGACAUGGCGGCCUUACAAAGCAGUGUGGGAAAAGUCCUGGAGGCCUCAAAGCUUCUCAUUGGGCAGAUGAAACCCCAGUCAGUUUCGCUAAUCAAAUCAGAAACCAGGUUGCUAUUACGGGACCAUGUGCAUCUUGGUAAGGCGCUUUCUGAGAUUGGGGCACAAGUUCAGGAGGAGCUAGAGGAGCACUGCCGUUUCAGCACUGAUUUGAAAUCAUUGGAGCAACAACUUAAAAACUUUGAAAGCAUUUUGAACUCUGUCACCACAAGCAUGGAAAGACUAAAGAUGGUUCUAUUAGAUCUGAGUGGGCUGAACCCUAACCUUGCUGCUCUGAAUCAAAAUAAACUCAGCCUCUCCUUAAGCUCUACGGAGGAAGAGAGGUUGCAGACCCUCAACACAGAGUGGGUUCAGGUCUUCUCUCAGGCUACAGAUAGACACAGGCAAAUGAAUGGAGAGAUACUGCGUGCUCAGAACUUCCAACAGAAGUGCCAGUGCUGGAUGGAGCUCCUGGACAAAAUCGAGGCUGGUUUAUCCAAUCAGACGUCUGGAAACUACGCUACUGUAAGAGAGCAGCUAGCUGCGCAUCAGAGGCUAAAAGUGGAGGUCAUCAUCAGCCAGCAGCUACAUGAUGCCAUGAUCAAUGAGGUUUUACGCUUCAUGGAGAGCAGUCAGAAUGAGGACAGGAGUCAUCUGAUCUUGAGGCUUACCCAGCUAAAGACACGUUGGCAGGGGACACAGCAGAGGGUCCAGCAGCAUGGGAAAUAUUUGGAGGGGCUUAUGGGACAUUGGCAGCUCUAUGAGGCAGGCUCGAGGAAACUUUCAAAGUUAAUCAAACACAUCGAAGAACUUCUGCCACCGGCAGGACUGGCGCUGUGCAGCUUACAGCAGCUCCAGUGCUCUAUAAAAGACUUUGAGUGGACUGAGGAGCAACUACAGCUUCAUGAAGAACUCUACAGCCAGACUGUGGUGGCAGGCAGACAGAUCCUUCUCUUAACAGAUGCACAUACACAGACAUGCCUGCAGUCUGAACUGGAUGCCCUCAUGGAGACGUGGGAGCGAAGCUGUGGCCUUGUGGAGAAAAGAAAGGCUCUUGCAGACACCAUAACUCAUAACUGGAAGCUCUGUGAAACUGGACUGGCUGAUUGUGCUCUCAAACUGGAAGAGAUAAAAGCAAGAUUAAAGAGUCCACUGCCAGAGAAGCUAGAAGAUCUAAAGACACAUGAGCAACUCACUAAGGAAUACGAGGACUCGCUGCAGAUUUGGGCUGGAGAACUGAAAGAGCUGAGCACCAUGAAGGCAGACGUGUCCCAGUACGUGCUGCCCGGGGACACCGCGCUUCUUCAGGGACAGGUGGAAGAGCUUCAUAGCCAAUGGGAAGAACUGUGCUUGAAGGUGUCACUUCGCAAACAGGAAAUAGCUGAUCGCCUGAACGCUUGGAUCAUCUUCAAUGAUAAAAACAAGGAGCUCUGUGAUUGGCUGACACAGAUGGAGAAAAAAGUGGCACACAGGGGUGAAAACCUUAGUAUUGAGGAAAUGGUGGAGAAACUUAAAAAGGACUGCAUGGAGGAGAUUAACCUCUUCAGCGAGAACAAGAGCCACCUCAAGCAGCUGGGCGAGCAGCUCCUAUUGGCCAGCGACAAGGCUAAGGAGGCAGAGAUCCAUGGGGCCUUACGUGAUGUCAACGACCGCUGGCAGCACCUGUUCGACCACAUUGAGACCAGGGUGAAAAAGCUGACAGAAACCCUGGUGACAGUACAGCAGUUGGAUAAGAACAUGAAUAACCUUCGCUCUUGGCUCACUCGCAUUGAGGCUGAGCUGGCCAAACCCAUUCACUACAGUAUCUGCCAUAGUGAUGAGAUCCAGAAGAGACUGGCAGAGCAACAGGACCUGCAGCGUGACAUUGAGCUGCACACUGAGAGGGUGGCGUCUGUGCUCACCCUGUGUGACGUGCUUCUGCACGAUGAGGACGCCUGCAGCAGCGAUGGAGAGAAUGACUCAAUCCAGCACACCACGCAGCGCUUGGACCAGCGCUGGAGAAAUAUCUGCUCCAUGUCUCUGGAAAGGAAGCUGAGGAUUGAGGAGACUUGGAGACUGUGGUGUAAAUUUCAGGAGGAUUAUUCUUCAUUCGAGGACUGGUUGAACGUAGCUGAGCGCUCCGCUGCUGAACCCAAUUCAUCAGACGUCCUUUACACUGAUGCCAAAGAGGAACUCCAGAAAUAUGAGGGUUCCCAAAGGCAGGUACAUGAGAGCCUGCCCCAGCUGGAGAUCAUUAAUAACCAGUACAGGCGACUGGUAUGGGAGAACCGCACUGAUGCUGCCAGCAGUCUCAGGACCAUGGUGCAUCAGGGGAACCAGCGCUGGGAUGCACUCCAGAGGAGAGUGGCUGCAAUACUGCGCAGACUCCGGCAUUUUACAAGCCAGAGAGAGGAGUUUGAGGGAACUCGCGAGAGCCUUCUUGUCUGGCUGACUGAGAUUGACCUCCAGCUGACCAACAUAGAGCACUUCUCAGAGAUCCAUCUUCAAGACAAAAUGAAACAGCUCAAGAGUUUUAAGAAGGAGAUCACUCUGAACACCAAUAAGAUCGAUGCUCUGAUCGUGUUUGGGGAGGGUCUGAUUCAGAGGAGCUGUCCUCUAGAUGCCGUUGUGAUAGAAGAUGAGUUAGAGGAACUGCACACGUACUGUCAAGAGGUGUUUGGCAGAGUGGCCCGAUUCCACCAGCGCCUCACCAGCCUCCGCCUGGAGCAGCCAGAGCGGUCCAGUGAGAAGAAGAGCACCCCUGCCUCCAGCCAGCCCUCCAUGUGCUUGUUAUCACUGCCUCAGGAGCACUCAGGCCGUGAAACCCCCGUCAGCGUGGAUUCCAUCCCUCUAGAGUGGGACCACACCGGAGACGUUGGUGGCUCUUCUUCACUUGAUGAGGAAGUGGAUGCUGCAUUCUUCUCUGCCCUGUCAGGACAGAAUUGGCUCUUUGAAAACAUACCUGAAAGGCAAUCCUUCCAGAUGGACUCCUCCUCAGCUAUACCCACAAGCACUCAUUUUAAACAAGGCUACGUCCAGCUGAUGUCUGAAUGCAGCGGCAGCAUUAAGAGUAUGAAGAGGGUUUCUAUGAUCCUGGAUGAUGAAGAACAGCAGGAGGAACAAGGCCUCACUGGCCUCAGCACUGCAGACAAACAGUCAGGAGUGAUCGAGCGCUGGGAGCUGCUGCAGGCUCAAGCAGUGAGUAAGGAACAGUGCUGCACCAGAGACCCCCAACAGCUGACCUCUGACCUGCACGACAUCACUUCCUGGCUGGAUCGUGUCACCCCUGAGCUGGAUAGACUGCAGAAACCCGAGACAUCUGCCAGUGUCAAGGUUUUAGAAGAGAGGGUCAAACAGCUUAAAGAAAUGCAGAAGACAUUCGCCUGUUAUAAGACAAUGAUGCUGUCUCUGAACCUGGGUGGGCGAGAGCUGCAGCAGGGGUCCACUGGACAUGAGCUUCAGGACGGCCUGCGAAACAUGAAUCGCCGCUGGACAGAGGCUUGUGCAGGCCUUGAGGGAUGGGAGGACAGUCUACGCAAUACCCUAGGACGCUGUCAGGAGUUUCACGGGAUGGUCCACUCUCUUCUGCUGUGGCUGGCCCAUGCAGAGAGCAGGCGCUACACAGUGAACAUGGACGACCCUUCUGUGCAGCCCUCCAUGCUUCAGGAACACAGGAACACGCUGAAGGAUCUGGCCGAGGAGCUGCAGGGCAGGCAGGAGCAAGUGAGCUCCCUGCAGGAGAUCGUCUCCGAGCUGCUCCCCGAGGCUGCUGGGGAGGACAGUGCUGAAGCCAGGGAAAAACUCCACGUCAUCGGAAGCAAACUACGACUGCUGUCACGGCAGGUCGAGCAGGAUCUCCAGAUGAUUCAGGAGAGAUUGGAGAACACAGCUGAUGCUGCAGGAGACAGGAUAUCCACAGAAUGCUCUCGGUCAAAGCGUGAGCCAUCCCCUCAGCGUUCAUUCUUCUAUCGGGUCCUGCGAGCGGCGUUCCCUCUGCAUCUCCUGUUCCUCCUGCUGCUGGUUCUGGCCUGCUUGGUCCCUCUUUCUGAAGACGACUACAGCUGCACCCUUUCCAACAAUUUUGCCCGUUCUUUCCACCCCAUGUUACGCUACACCAACGGUCCUCCUCCCACAUGAGUCCCUCGUCAACUCUUCU